UUGUUUGGAGAAAGUGCUGACAGAAUGUAUGUCGGCUGUAUCCGGGUUUUCCUCGUGAUAUUCACAACGGAAACACUUCUAGGCUAGAGUGUUUUGUAGACCUGGGAUGACCGGGGACAACCAUUCGCUGUGUGAGGGGUUGGCAGCAACCCGGAGAUAGCCAAAUGUAUUGUAGAAGAGAACCUGUACGGAUCUGGAAAAAACUUCGCAAAACUCCGCAACUGCUGGGGUGUAAGUUACAUGUAUAAGCGAAUGGAAUAAAAAAGCAGCGUUCUUAAUGAAAUCAACUCCCGGAGUUAACAUAGGAUAGCCAACGUUCGUGGAAUAUGUUAAAACUGGAUGUAAUAAACAGACAACGUUCGUGGAAUAAGUUAUAACUCGAUGUAAUAAUCAGACAAUGUUCUGUGGAAUAAGUUAUAACUGGAUGUAAUAAGCAUAUACAACGUUCUGUGGAAUAAGUUAUAACUGGAUGUAAUAAACAUAAUCGACGUUCUGUGAAAUGAGUCAUUAAUGGAUGUGAUAAACAUAGCCAACGUUCUGUGAAAUGAGUCAUUAAUGGAUGUGAUAAACAUAGCCAACGUUUGGUGAAAUGAGUCAUUAAUGGAUGUGAUAAACAUAGCCAACGUUUGGUGAAAUGAGUCAUUAAUGGAUGUAAUAAACAUAGUCAACGUUCGGUGAAAUGAGUCAUUAAUGGAUGUAAUAAACAUAGUCAACGUUCGGUGAAAUGAGUCAUUAAUGGAUGUAAUAAACAGUCAACUUUCCGUGUAUAUAAUGCGUGUGGAAUUCGAAAAACCGUUGUGAAGGGAUAGAAAACGAAUGUCAAUAAACACAUCGAAAGCUCUGUCGGAGUUAGAUUAGAUAAAAGAGCCAACUUUCUGCGGUGUAACUGAGUUAUAGUAUAAGAAGUCGUAGCAAAACCUAGUUCAUUCCUAUCGCAGUUAUGUUCAGAAUUUUCCGCCUCCUGUCGGUUCUUAUGACCUUUGUAGGAGUAUUUCAAGCAAGGAACGUCCCACCGAGUGGUAAUGAGGUUUGGUUAACAGAGUUGGAGGAAAAGGUCCGCACGAGCGGAAUUCAAGCAGACUCGGCGAGUUUAGCGGCACAUCGGUCUGUGUCUUCAAAAUGUCCUGGUCUUAUUGUUGACGAUUUCCAUGGAUACGACUGCAGUCAACCGCCAUGCCGCACUGAUGGCGACUGUUCCGGUCCUGCGCAGAUGUGCUGUCCGAAUGGCUGUGUGCAAACCUGUAUCAAUAAGUCUAACCCUCCAUUACUGAUAGACUGGGUUCUUUAUCCUGGAAAACCAGCAUCAGGCAAUACGUGGUUGAUAUCAGCGCCGAAACCAGCUGCUGCCAAUGAUGAUUACUGCAGCACAUCCCAUCUCCACGAGAACUCCUCCCCGCUGCUCUGUCCCGAUGGUUACGUCUGCCACAUCGAAGAUAGGGGCAAUCCCAAGAAGAACAUUCCCAAUAGAGGGCGUUGUCUGCUCCUGGAACAUCUGAAAACAUUCGAUACAGAUAGGUUUGUCGGGCAAGACGUCUCAUCCGAGGGAAAGGUUUUGGUUGAAAAGAGGAUCUGCACCAUGGAUUCUACUAUCUAUGCAGACAACACCAGAUUCUAUAAAGAUGGCCGGCCAUGCGUCUGCAGAAAUGGGAUGAUAACUUGUUACAAGAGGGUGGCUAGCCAAAUGUAUAAACUGCCAUGACUGCAAGACUGACAUCUUUGUGCUCCAAGGACCCGGAGACUUAAAAAAACUGAUUGCCCGCUCGAAAUUGACAUGUAGACAAACAUCAGGAAUUCACUACUUAACUGCAUAAUGAAGUCGACUUAGCUUGGCAAUCACUCAUCCCAAUCGCGGCAUGAACUUAACUUACUCUGAAUACGGACAUGAACAUAGUCAAAAAUGGCACAGUUGACUGAGGUUGGUCAAAUGUUCUUGACCAAACUCCUUGGUCCUUCACAAACUUUGAAGUCCAUCAAUGAGGCGGAAACAUUUACUCAUUGGCUCAUUAAUAGCCGGGCGGAAUCUUUUGCCUGAGCACAGUACUCCGCAAUGUAUAACGCAAUGUUUUACAAAGCUCUCGUUUGAUGAUGAGAAAUAAGAAAUAAAGACGUUUUUG